AUGAAACAGAAUUUCACUCUUCGAGCAGCCAUCCUAUGGACUAUUAGUGACUUCCCAGCUUAUGGUAUACUGUCCGGUUGGGCCACAUCUGGUAAAAAGGCUUGUCCAUAUCGCAUGGAGAAAAGUAAAGCAUUCUGGCUCGAACAUGGUUGUAAGGUUUCUUGGUUUGAUUGCCACCGCCAGUUCCUUUCGACUGAUCACCCAUUUCGGAAUAGUAGGACUGCAUUCUGCAAAAACAAAGUCGAAAAGGGUGCACCUCCACACAUUAUGUCAGGGGAGGAGUUGUGGGAAUGUGUGAAAGAUCUUCCGAAGGCUACAGAUGGGCCCGAGUCACUUCAACGCCUCAAAAAAGAAAAGAAGGGGUGGUUCAAGCAAAGCAUCCUGUGGGAGCUUCCGUAUUGGAAGCAUCUGCGUAUUUGUCACAACUUAGAUGUCAUGCAUAUUGAAAAGAACUUCUUUGAUCAGUUAAUUCACACUAUAAUGGAUGUGAAAAAGCAUACGUGUGACACGACAUCUGCUCGAAAUGACAUUGCCAGAUAUUGUAAACGUCCGCAGCUUCAUCUUCAGGAGGAUGACAGAGGAAAAGAGGUCAUGCCUAGGGCUCCAUUCGCUCUUGACAAGGCUCAGAGGAAAAUUUUGUGUGAGUGGGUAAAAGAGCUGCGAUUUCUCGAUGGUUAUGCCUCUAAUCUGAGCAGAUGCGUAGACAUGCAAGCAUGUAAGCUACACGGAAUGAAAAGCCAUUACUGUCACGUGUUCAUGGAGAGGUUGUUGCCAACUGCUCUGAGGGAAUUGCUCCCAAGCCAUAUUUGGAAUGCAAUAACAGAGAUCAGACAAUUCUUUCGCGAUUUGUGUUGCUAUACAACAUCAGUUGGUGACAUGGAGCGAUUGGAGAAAAACAUAGCUGAGAUUCUGUGCAAGCUUGAGAAGUAUAGAUGGAUGUAUCCCUUCGAAAGGUUCCUCAAUCAUUUGAAACGAAAAAUUGGAAACAAGGCUCGAGUUGAAGGAUCCAUUUGCAAUGCUUAUAUCACCGAAGAGAUAGCAAACUUCUGCAGUAACUACUUUGAGGCGACGGUUGACACUACAACACGAGAUCUCGGUCGUAAUGUGAAUGCCGACGUGGACUCCAUAGUGGACGACUCUGAAAUUCCAGAGUUGUUCACGGAGGAUAGCGGUCGUGUGUCUAAUGAGGGAAAAACUUGGUUUUUAGAUGAAAAAGAACUCGAGUGCGCUCAUUUGUUCGUGUUACGGAACACCGGGAUUCUUGGUGAAUACGAAAGGAAGUUCAAGGACUACAUUCUUAGUAGUCGACCUUAUCUGCGUAGAGAAGAAGUAAUGGAGAAAUGCAAAGCUGAAUUCUCCGAUUGGUUUCAUCGCAAGGUUGUUGAGGAGGACACAAAUUCUGAUGUGCUGCGAGCGUUGUGCAUGCGCUCUUUCAAGCGUGUUCGAACUUGGAAGCAGAUUUUUGUCGGUGGCUUUAAUUUCCAUACACAUGCCCAUGGCAAGCACAAAUCUACGAUGAAUUAUGGCGUGUGCGUAUCAAGUGAGGAUGGUGGAGAGGGAAUGAACAUACAUGAACUGUACAAGCUUGUCGAAGUGAAUCAUACUAAGAAAUACCCCAAGUAUGAUCCCUUUGUUUUAUCUUACCAAGUGACUCAAGUGUACUAUGCAUCAUACCCUAGCCUGAAACGGGAUCGAGUUCAAUGGUGGGCUGUGUUUAAAACACAAGCAAGGUCAGUGGUGGAUGCUCCGGUGGACUUAGAGUUUUUGCAGGCACCAUCUCCACAAGUACAUGCAACGCUUUGCCCGCCGAAUGAUAUUCCAGACUAUGUCGUGGAUGACGAUGAUGACAUUGGUUUUAUUGUCUCAAGCGAUGAAGAUGAUGAAUUUAGCAUCAACUCUAGUGAUAGUGACGAGGAUGAUGAUAUCGAUGUAUUAUUAGAUGAUAGUAGUGAUGAUUCCAGUAGUGAUAGUAGUGAUGACAUUAAUGAAUAG